UGUGUACGAAAAGUGUGUGUGUGUGAAAAGUGUGAGGAGUGCGUGAUGUGAAUGGAGUGUAUACGUAAGUGUGUGAGUGGGUGGAGUAGGUGACGUGAAGUGUAGAGAAAUAGAGAGUAAGUGGGUGUGUGCGAGAGUUGUGUCCGUGUGAGGCUUGUGAGGGAGUGGGUAAGCAAUGAGUUGUUGUGAGAGGAUGAUAAAAUAGAGAGUUGUAAUAUUGUUUUAUAAUAAAAGUAAUUAUUUUUACAUCCACUUACUUCUCAACAGAAAGUAUCACUGAUUGGUCUCAUGGGGUCAUAAUCAUAUGGACUAAGUACAGUUGCAUGUACAGAGAAAUGAUUUGGCAUCACCUGUGCUGUGCAUAUGAGAGAGAAUUCUGUUGUGCCACGAAGUAAAAAUCUUGAAAAGGACCACCUUGUUUAACCUUAUCAAUAAACACGCAAAGACCUGCUUUGAAGCUUAGUGAUUUGUGCUCAGGUCAUUCCGAGAUUAAAUGAGAUUAAAUGUCAACUCAAGAAACUCACAGAACCCUCCUCAACAACCCAUCAAAAGAAGACAACUACCAUUCUUCUCUUCCUCAACCACCAAGAUCGAUAGUGCCAGAGAAAAGAAGAAAAACGACAUUAAUGUCAUCAGUCCCCUUCUUCUGUUAUCCAUAUAGUCACAAAUCUCCUGUUUUGAAAAUUUCCAAUACACCCUCCUGUGAUUUCUAUCAGCAACUUUUUUUGUGGUAGUGAUGGGAGGAAGAGACCACAGCUCUCAUGAAAGCAAUAGGGGUGCAGAAGGGGCCAAAAGAGAGGAAUCAAAGGCGGAGUUCUCUGAAGAUGAGGAGGAACUGAUUGCUCGGAUGUUCAGCUUGGUGGGUGAAAGGUGGUCACUUAUAGCUGGGAGAAUCCCGGGAAGAACAGCAGAAGAGAUUGAGAAGUUCUGGGCUUCAAAGCACUCUGCAUCUAAUCAUCAAAGAUGAUGAGUCCAAGGUUAAAAAAUGAAGCAAUAAUUGCACAUAGCUUCUCUCUCAUGGCCUUGUGUAGAUAAAUUCAGUCUUCUUCUUCUUCGUUUUUUUUUAAUAAUUAGAUCUUUUGGCCAUCAAAUUCAGCUUUUCUUAGUGUUCGGGCAUCAUUUUAAUACAAGGAUUCAUGUGACUUGUUUAAUCGUAUGAUUAGAAGUAACUUUCAACCUUGGAGUACUUGGAUAAACAUUAUUUAGUACGGACCAUUUGCAUAUUCGUCUCAUUAAGAUAUAAAGCAUAACAUAUGCCGAA